AUGGCUACCCCUAGUGUCCUCGCUUUUGACGCUGAGGGUCGUGCCAUUGACUUUGAGGUCUGGGUCGACGACCUGCAGCUGUUUUUACAGUGCGAUAGGGCGGACGGUCUUUCUCUCUUUGACCUCACCUCUGGCGCCUCCCCUGCUCCUGCUGCUGAUGCUGACCCCACUUUUGGCUCUCAGUGGGCCACCCGCGAUGCUGCUGCACGUCUUGCUGUGCGUUGCCACCUGCCUACCACUGAGCGCGCGCACUUUAGUCAGUACAAGAGUGCUCAGACCUUGUACGACGUUGUAGUUGCGCGCUACUCUUCCCCUGCCACUGCUGCACUGAGCCGCCUCAUGCUACCGUACCUCUUUCCUGACCUUGCUGCCUUUCCUACAGUCGCUGACCUCGUCACGCACCUCCGCACUUCUGACACUCGCUACCGCGCCGCACUUCCUGCUGAGGACCACUUCCUCUCAGUCUGUCCCACCACCCUCACUGUCGACCUCCUCGAGAAGGCCCUCCUAGCGACGGAGAAGAGCAUAGUCCAUGUAGGAGCCUCUCGUGGUGACCCGCGCACCCCCAUCUUUGAGGGGUGUUCUCCUUCCCCCCUGCUGCCCUCUGUUGCCUCUGCUGCUGCUGCCGACCUGCUUGGUCUUGAGUCGGUCGGCGCGGCGUCUGCUCCUAGCGGGAGACGCCGCCCUAGGAAGGGCAAGGGGGGCAAGGGCGCGGGUGGAGCUGGCGGGGGCGGUGGAGGUGGCAGUGGCGGUGGCGGAGGGAGUGGGGGUGGCGGUGGGAGUGGUGGUGGGGGUGGUGGUGGUGGUGGCGGCAGCGGAGGCGGCGGCGGUGGCGGCGGAGGCGGUGGGAGCGGAGGCGGCAGUGGUGGCGGAGGUGGAGGCGGCGGUGGCGGAGGAGGUGGAGCCGAUUGGGGUAGUGCCCCGCAGCGGAGCGGCUCUGGUGGUGGUCAGCGCCAGCAGCAGCAGCAGCAGCAGCGUUCUCGGGACAUCCCCCCGCCUCAGCAGCUACGUGAGUGGUACAGGCAGCGUCAGCGUGGUGGGGGUCUUGGCCCGUGCACCUACGUUCUUCGUUCCGGCGACCGCGCGGGUGAGCAGUGUGGGGGUGCCCACUCCACCCAGCGCUGCUUUGGCCGCCUGAUGGACGCUUGGCGUCAGCAGUUCCCCGAGGCUAGUGAGAUUCCCCGCUGGGGAGAGCUGUCUAGGGCUGGCGUAGCGAUCUUUGAUCUUGACUUUGAUGCUAUCCUUGCUGCCAUGUAUGUUGUGACUAUUAGUGAUGAGGGUGACUGUUACCGGUGUUUCCCGCCUGACCCGGGCAUUGGUACUGCUGCGCUAGGUGCUUGUGAGGCUACUGCUCUAGGUGCCAGUGCGUCUGCACUCUCAGGUACUGGUGAGGCUGCGCUCUCAGGUACUGCGUCGGCUUCGGCCUCCCUCACCUUCACACUUGACUCAGGGGCUUCUCGCUCCUUCUUUCGAGACCGCACCACACUCACGCCGCUUGAUCGGCCGGUUGCAGUCUCCCUGGCUGACCCCUCUGGGGGUCCUGUCCUCGCUCACUUCUCCACUGUCCUCCCGUGUCCGGCUGCCCCCUUGGGCACCCUGUCGGGUCUGUACCUCCCCUCGUUCUCGACGAACUUGGUGAGUGGUGCUGACCUGCAGGAUGCGGGGGUUCACCAGUUUACUCCUACGAGUCAGCGAGGGACCCACUGCUCGGACGCCCGCACAGGCCGACACCUAGCCACGUUUUCGCGUCGGCCCAGGUCGAGUCUCUACACCCUGACCACUAAGUCUCCUCCUGUCCUUGCGUCUGGCCAGGUAGCUGCGUCGGGUCAGGUGUUUGCUGCUGCGUCCAGGUCUGGUCUUGAGUCUGCCCCCUGCUCGUGUCGCCUCCUGUCUCACGAGACUCUCUUGUGGCACCACCGUCUUGGCCACCCCUCCUUGCCUCGUCUUCGGGGCAUGGCUUCCCGUGUCCUUGUCUCUGGUCUCCCGCGGUCUCUCCCUCCCCUUCCUUCGGAGCCAGGACAUUCCUGUGUCCCCUAUGUCGAGGGGCGGCUCCGGGCUGCCCCUCACUCCUCCCAUUUUCCCCCGACAAAGGCUCCUCUGCAGACGCUUCACAUGGACCUGUGGGGCCCGGCCCGCGUCCGUGGACAGGGUCACGAGCGCUACUUCCUGCUGGUGGUUGACGGCUACUCGCGUUACACCACGGUCUUCCCCUUGCGCAGCAAGGGUGAUGUCACUGGGGUGCGGAGAGUUCUCCUCUGGCCUUCUGCGAGCCUACUGUCGUGCACGAGGCAUCCGCCAGACCUUCACGCUUCCGGACUCUCCACAGCAAAUAAGAUUGCUGAGCGCCGCAUUGGCAUGGUCAUGGACGUCGCUCGUACGUCCAUGAUGCAUGCGGCUGCCCCCCAUUUUCUGUGGCCGUUUGCGGUUCAGUACGCGGCACAUCAGCUCAGCCUUCACCCCAGGGUCUCCCGGCCGGAGACCUCCCCAGCUCUGCUGUGGACGGGGAAGGUCAGCGAUGCGUCUGCGUUCCGUGUCUGGGGAUCUCGGGCGUUUGUCCGUGACUUGUCUGCGGACAAGCUGUCCCCUCGUGCUGCUCCCUGUGUCUUCCUAGGCUUCCCCCCUGACGCCCCAGGGUGGCAGUUCUACCACCCCUCCUCUCGUCGUGUUAUGUCCUCCCAUGACGUCACGUUCGACGAGUCCGUCCCCCUUCUAUCGCCUCUUCCCCUACCGCACUCCUUCCCUCCCCCCGCCACCGCACUUCCUUGUGCCAGGUCCCACCCCGGUAGACCCCCUUCCCCCUCAGGGUCCUGCCCCUUCCGGUGUGUCCCAGCCUGGGGGUGCUGCCUCUGGGGGUGCUGCGCGCGGGGUGCUGAGCUGGGGGUGCUGCGUCUGGAGCUGCUGAGCCUGGAGGUGUGGAGCCUGCGGCCACUGGACCUCCCCUUGUGGCGUCCGGCGGUGCUGGGCCUGGAGGUUCUCCGGGUGUUUCGUCUCGGCGGGAGCCACUCUCUCCACAGGAGCUGCGUGAGUGGUUUGCUCGCCGCUGGGAGGCGUACUGCUGGAGCUGGCGCUUCUUCGACCGCUGAGGGUGCUGGUGCCGCCGCUCCCGGAGCUGCUGGGCCUGCGGGUCCGCCUGGAGCUGGAGCUGCUGAGGGUGUUGGUUCUGAGACUACUACUGUCAGUCCUGGUGGUGGUCAUGCUGCGGGUGCUGCUGGUGCUGCUGGAGGUCCUGCUGCUGGAGGUGCUGUUGGCACUGGUGCUGCCGGAGUCGGACUCUCUUCGUGCUGCCAGUCCUACUGUCACGCGUCUCCUGCUACUGUCGUCACAGACCCCUCCUUUGAGUCCACUGCUGCGUCUGCUCUUGUUGCUGAGCUCGUCGCCUUUGCUGCUUGCUGUCGUCUAGACUACGCUGCUAGUCUUGUUGCUGAGUCUGCGUCUGUUUGUCCUCCGUCCGUCGGGGGUGAGUGUGCUCUUGGCUACGGACGUCCUUGA